AUGUUGGACGCAGCCGGGCCAUUCCUCCGCGGAAGACCACAUCGAUCAUUCCGCUCACCCUUCUCUACUGGUCCACCACCCGCAGCAAGACAGGUCCUCGGUCGCAUCACACCAAAGAGAGUAGCUAUUCCCAUCUCACCAGGCAGUGGUAUCCCUCGAGAUGCCUCAUUACCUAGACCGUCGAUCUGGAGACCGAUAAUCUUCUGCUUAGGCUUCGGCGGCGCAGGCUACGUCUUAGCUGCGGCUUAUACCAACGCCGACACCGAGAAAUGGACUUCGAGGCUGGGAUCUGGGGGAGGGUGGUUCAGACGGGGUCCGAUCGUUACCGACCAGGAGAUAGCUAGGGCGAAGCAGGUCGACGCUGCCAAGCAAGCCCAGAUCACAGUCAACAGACUGCCCCAGACCUUGUCGUUCCUUCCCAAGGUACUCCUCGUCCCGAUCCUUCGGAUAUACGUUACGGUCGAAGAGUACAUCCUCAACACUCCGCCUGCACGGGUCGUCCCGAUGCAGGUCGCUGCUGGAAUGGGAGUGGUGUUCUUGGCAUGGCGAGUGGGGAGAUGGGAGCCGUUCAUGCGGAAAUGGUUUCUGCACCGGCCGGUGCUGUUCACCGGCGGUGUGAGGAGGGAAUGGGCAAAUUGCGUGACGCUGUUCACUAGUGUGAUAUCACAUCAAUCGUUCGCCCACUUCUUCUUCAACUCAUUCGCCCUCACCUCAUUCGGUGCUGCAGCCUACACCUACCUCUCCAUCCCCACCCCUUCCGACUUCCCCAUGCCCACUUCCACCCACACGCCCCACUUCCUCGCCUUCUUACUCGCCGGCGGCCUUUUCUCCUCCCUCGCCAGUCAUCUCUGGACCAACCUUGUCCGCCUUCCCCGCUUACUCCGGACUCUCGCCUCCCCCGCUCGAUUAUCCUCCGCACAGGCUCUCGCUUCGCACCAGGCUAUCUUGCCCUCCCUAGGGGCAAGUGGAGCCAUCUAUGCCGCGCUGACGGUCACUGCAUGCGCAUUCCCGGAUAGCAAUGUCGGUAUUAUUUUGGUGCCGUUCAUCAGCUUCCCGAUCUGGGCGGGCGUAGGGGGGAUGAUAGCGCUGGAUCUGGUCGGUCUGAUUAGGGGCUGGCAGAUGUUUGACCAUGUCGCACAUUUGGGUGGAGCAGCGUUCGGGCUGAUCUACUACACGGUUGGCCGGGACGUGUGGUCCUGGGUGAGGCGGACGUUGGGGAUGGCGGAAGCCAGAUCAAAAGCAUGA